AUGUCUGGCAUCCGCGAAGCUACUCACGCCGGCAGCUGGUAUACAGCCUCAUCUACCGGUCUUUCACAGCAGCUCAAUCAGAGCCUUUCUGCCGUCCACCCUCUUCCCGAACUCGCAUAUGACCCGCCUGUACAAGAUGCCAAGGCCAUUAUCGCUCCCCAUGCGGGUUUCUCAUACUCCGGGCCUGCGGCUGCAUGGGCUUACAAGAGUAUCCCUGUUGACAAGAUUACGCGAGUGAUCCUGCUUGGGCCUUCGCAUCAUGCGUAUCUCCCGGGCGUGGCCUUGUCCAAGUUUGAGGCGUACGAAACGCCCUUGGGAGAUAUACCUCUGGAUCUGAAAGCCAUCCAUGACCUCCGCAAGACCGGCAUAUUUUCCGACAUGAAGUCUUCGGUCGACGAAGAUGAGCAUUCACUCGAGAUGCACUUGCCCUACAUCAGGCUCAUAUUCCAAGAUCGCGACAUCAGUCUCGUCCCCAUCCUCGUCGGUCACCCGUCUGCCUCGACCUCGAGCAACCUCAGCGCCGCUUUAGAACCAUACUGGUCCGACCCCUCUACCUUCUUCGUCAUCUCGAGCGAUUUUUGCCACUGGGGCUCUCGUUUCUCUUGCACGCCAUACUACCCCGACCCUCCGGCUAUUGCAGACCCUGUACCGCCAACCAGCGCUUCCGACAGGCCUUUGGCGCAGAGCCGAAAGGUAGACUUGGUCAAAAAGUUCUCCAGUGCCACCGCGAACCCUGAUGUUCCCAUCUGGAGGUCCAUCGAGUACAUGGAUCAUGAAGGCAUGGCCAUUCUUCGCAACCCUGCGAAGCAAGGCGCUGUGGACGAGUGGCACGAUUACCUCGAGCGGACGAAGAACACCAUCUGCGGGCGAAGUCCAAUCACUGUCUUGCUCAACCUUGUUCAGCAUGUCUAUGCAGACAGGGCCGGUAAACCGGAGUUUACGUUUGUGAGAUAUGAGCAGAGUAGUCGGUGUGUAACGGGGAAAGACAGUAGUGUCAGUUAUGUUAGUGGGAUCUUGAGGGUCCCUUAA